CGGAAGUGAUGUCUUUUAGUUCCUCCAUAAUAUUAGGGCGCUUGCAGGAGUCGAUUGAAUAAACAAGGUGGAUCAAUGUCGUGUUUUAUAAAAUUAUGAACUAUGUCGUCGCAACGCAGUGUUUCUAAUACAUUACAACGUUUUGGCCGCUGUUAUCAGUGUGCUUAGAGCUUAUUUGUUUAGUUUAACAAGGCCUUAGAGACGGGCACUUCAUUAGAGGAAAAAGCAAUUUAGGUCUAGCUUGCUGGCUAGUUUACCUAGCGAGCUGUUGUUUACAUAAUUUGCCAUUAAGGUGAGAGUGUUAUCCACGUGGAGGAAUUCCUAAUUAAACGGACUGUUUUAGCAUUUGGAGAGCAUGGCAGAGUUACACAUUGAAGCGAGCGCGGGCGGCCUCAUGGAGCAGAGCGAGCACCGGGAGACCCGCGGCUCUGUUAGCAUGCGCCUCCCGUCGCCCAGCUUCGUUCUUCCAGCUCGGAGCGGUUCUGGCAGCCCGGGCCUGUCUGCGUCCAGAGCCGUGUUCGGCUUCCCGAUGAAGAGCAGCCCCACAUCCCCAUCAGAAUCCACAGAGAAACCGGGGUCCCGGUGGGUCCGGCUUAAUGUCGGGGGAACCUACUUCAUCACAACCAAACAAACCUUAUGCAGGGAUCCCAAAUCCUUCCUGUACCGACUCUGUCAGGAGGAUCCUGAUCUGGACUCAGAUAAGGAUGAGACAGGAGCUUAUUUGAUUGAUAGAGACCCCACAUACUUUGGACCUAUCUUGAAUUAUCUGAGGCACGGAAAGCUGAUCAUCAACAAGAACCUUGCAGAGGAGGGUGUUCUAGAGGAAGCUGAGUUUUACAACAUUGCGUCAUUGGUGAGGCUGGUAAAGGAGAGGAUACGAGACAAUGAGAACAGGACGUCUCAGGGCCCAGUGAAACAUGUAUAUCGUGUGCUUCAGUGCCAAGAAGAAGAACUAACUCAAAUGGUCUCCACAAUGUCUGAUGGGUGGAAGUUUGAGCAGCUUAUAAGCAUCGGUUCCUCUUACAACUACGGGAAUGAGGACCAAGCAGAGUUUCUGUGUGUGGUUUCCCGGGAACUCAACAAUUCCACUAAUGGGAUUGUUAUUGAGCCAACUGAGAAGGCUAAGAUCCUUCAGGAGAGAGGUUCCCGGAUGUGAGGAGACCUUCUUAGCUGUGCUGACACAGAUCUCCCCCCCUCCCCUCCUCUCCUCUAGUCUCCCUUCUUUAACCAUACAGCUGACUCCAUCAGCUCACAUGGCUGCCCUUCCUUUCUAUCACCCUCCUCCCUUGUGCCUUUCCACAGUGGGGGUGUCCCCCCUCCCUGCAGUGCUGCAACAUCGCCCAUCCAGCACCAUCACCUGAGGUCACUGCUGUUAUCAAAAAUGAAAAAUGCUACAAAGUUAGUUGAUCCGUGAUGAUGCGGGACUCACCAUGAUGACUAGGGAGGAGUCCAAGUCAGAUUUUCGAGGUCUGUCACUAUAACAACUAAUGUAGUCAUCCACAAUGCCUCGGAACUUGAUCAUUAAUCGCCUUCAUAUCCUCGUCAUAAUCAUCUAUAGACUACGUCAUUGCUGGCAUGCUAGUUACAAGGAAUGCCUGUGCCCUGGUCAGCUAGGCUGUGUUUCCAUCAUCAGAAUCUCCUCAGGACUUCCAGGGGUGCAAAAAAGUAGACAAAACAGAAUUGUUUGCCCCCUACACCCUUCUCAUAGCAAGCACAUUGACUCACUGUGUAAAACUGAGCGAGUGUAUGAGUGAAUAUCAGCAGCAACACUCACUCGUUAUCAUUUCGGUGUCUACCACAGCCUGGCUUGACCUUUGAACAUGCAGAGCCAUUUGUUUUCAGUUUGUAGUGUAUCGAAUAAUUUCCCUGUUCUCGUUUGACCCACCCAAGUUCAUUGACAGGUAUCGGUUGUUCCAGGUCAUGCUGAAGGUGUUAAUUCACCCCUCUCAACAUGGACACAUCAGAAAGGAACAUGCAAUGUUGGGGGAUCCUGAAUAUGGUUGUAUUACAAUAGAGGUUGUUAUAAAAGCUGUUUGUGUUUCAUAAUAGUCACAUUUGAUUGGGGAAGCUUAUGAAUCAACUCAUGCUCCUAGUCUACUUUGUCCAGUGCCUCAUCACUCGUAUGUAAAUUUUUGUGUUGUGUUCUCCCUCUAGCUAUUCAUAUGUGACUGGGAAAACUGGACACUCCAUAGUCUUAUUUCACAGUAUUUCUCAAGAAUAGUUUUGUUUUUCGUUACAUAAGCGCAUCAGUUCUUUGUCUUGUCACAAAUGAGCUCCAUGAGACUGUUGAUGGACAACGUGCUCAAACGAUUUGAGUCACAGCAGAACUCCGUUCUGUAAUAUGAUUGUUCAUUUUUUUGACUUAGUAAGUUCAGCUCUAGCACUCCAUAGAACUCUAUCUCUAACUCUAUUUUGGCUGUUUAACUGUUUCUAUCUCAUAUUUAAAAAAACAAAAAAAGAAAAACGUUAGAUAAGUUAUAGUGGAAUAGCAGUGAAUGUUAAGGGCUCUAUUUUACUUGGAUUGAGAUGCUUGCCCUCAUGUCAAAAAUCUAUUGUAUUACUUCAGGUAAACUGUGCUUCUUUCAUGUUUUGACAUCAGAGCCAGUAUUUGGUCCUGUUUUACACUGAAUUGCCCUCAUUGUUUGAUAUUUAUCCACUAAAGACUAGAAUCAAAUUACACACCCUUAAAAGUUAUCUGCUAGGAACAAGUGUGCUUCAUGAUCUUCUGACAGUAUUUUAACAUAAGAUCCUUGUUCAGUAUCACAUAGAAUGUAAAACUGCAUGCUUUGGUGUUUGUUAUUCAUGUCCACUGAAAAGCAGCUGAUGGCUGUCACAGGCAGCAUGUCAAUGUGAAAUUUUUGGUCUUAAGUGCAUAUGUACGAAUAUUAUUUUUUUUUUGUCCCCUGCUUUAAAAUGUGAAGCAAAGGAGAAGGGGUUGCCAAAAAUAUGCUCCAUGUUUUAAUCUGUAAACUUUCACUUUGAUUUUACAAAGCAGAUUUUUGUCAGAGGGAUCAUUUUAAGGCAAAUCUAGAUAGCCCAGUAGAAAUAUUCCUUAUCCCUUCUUGCAGUUGGAAUUUGGCUCGAAUUGCACUCCUAACUGAGUAAUCGGAGUUGAUGAAAUGCAUCCCGUGGAGCGUUUCCUUUUGUUGUUUAUUAUUGAAGUUUUCAUAUUGUCUGAGCUAUAGAGCUCCCUGCUGCAGGAAAGUGAGAUCUGAUCUUCACCAAUAUGUUUGUUUAAUGAAUCAUCCAAAAUUUUGUUUGGGGAGGGGGAACGGCUUGGGGUUACUGUCUGUUUUGAUCAUAUACGAUCAUCAAUGAAGCAAAAUUAGCUGUGUCUGUAGUACUCUGUACUAUAUACAGAUGUCCUUUGUACCACUAUCAGUGUCUGUCAUGCACAGCAUGUCCUAAGAUUUUCCUUCGUACAGGGCUCUUAAGACAAAUGCCUGGCUAAGUUGGGUGUAUAAUGGUCCCUUGUUUCAGAUACUCUGUAUUUAGUUCGAGUUGGCUCUUCUCAUUUUCAUUGUGCCAGUGUAACUGGUUCAUGUUUUUACUCACAUCCUAAAGAAACAUUUUGUUUGCACCCUUCAUCUUUUACUUGCACUUUAAUUAUGUCCAUGUCUUAAACGUUCUGUUAAACAGCAGAGACAUGGAGAAAUGUCAUGCCAGUACACUUUAGGUCAUUUAUGAAACAGUUAUGUAACAUUUCUCUAAUUAAUAGGAGGAUUUUGUAAGAUUUAUGUAUCAUAAAGAAAUUGGAGCGUGUAGGCCCACUGAAUUAUAGAUUUAUUUUCCAUGUUCAUUUUCCUCUGCCAUUACUUUUUUUGGUCAAUCGGAGGCAAAAAGAUGUUUUUUGUAGAAGGAAAAAAAACUUUGUCGAGGUUAUUUGGUGUUCUGUUAAUCUGUGGGGAGGGAGGGGCACUGUGUUUUUUUGGUUUGUGAACUUGAAAGCAUGCAUUGUGUUAGAGUAUAUAAUAUUCUAUACUGGGACUUUGUCUAGCUUUGUGGUAGUGUAGGGGUAAAGUGGUGCAUGGACAGUUUUUCAGAGAGUCUGGAUGCCAUGUGCAAGGGGAAACUUUCAGACAGUCAGUCCGCAACUCCUGUUUAUUGUGUUUUAUUUUGUUUUGUCCAAACCUAUCUGGAUAAAAAUGUUUAGCACUAAAUGGAUAUUUAGAAGGUGACCCAACUGAUCAGGAAUGCAGACCUGUCGUAUUUGUUCACAUUAAAGUCUGCCACAAUAGUCUGCAUCACCUGCAUGCUUGGAUAUACAGUACAUACACACGUGUGCAUGUGGGCACACAUACCAAGAAAGGCAUUUAAACUUGUAUUGCAAACCUGCUCCUUACACCAGAUGUUUUGAAUGUGUUAAGUUAUCGACUGUAUUGAUGUCAUGUGUGACCUUUUGUCUACAAGUUUGUGGAGCUAAGUGUUCUGGAAAUGAAUAGUCUUGGUCAGAUUGUCCUUUAAUAUAUAAAUAUAUAUAUAUAAAAAAAUUUUUUUGUUUGUUUUUUUUAAAUGUCAUCUGAUGCAGUUUCUUUCAAUGUACAGAUUGCAAUGAGGAAAAAAGAAAAUGUCUGAUUUUUAUCAUAAAAUGUAUUUGUGUUCAAAAUGUUGUUGUACUUCUCAUUUUAUCACAAAACUUUGUUGCAAUUGUUUACCAGAAAACUGAGCAUGUAUGUACACCGUAUCUGAAUAAUAAAACAAUAUGUUUUACAGAAGCAGAAAGACAGACUGCUUGGGAGUGUUUGUCAGGAUGACAUGCGGAAAUUUUAUUAGUCUAAUGUGCAUUAGAGAGAAAAACUCAAACUAGCAAUUACUGACGUGACCUGGACUGAGAUACAUGCGGAAAUGCAUAAAAUGAUUUGUAGUAAUAGAUGGAGAGAAUUCCACCAGAAAGUGAUCAAUCGUUUCUUUCGAACGCCCCAAAUAAUAGAUUAAUAGAUUUAAAAAUAAUAAAUUUAAUCCAGAUCAAACCAGUUUCCCCACUGGAGAGAGUGCGGAGAGCAUCACUGUCCCAUCAUACAUUGCUUCUGGACAAUUGUAUUUGGCCUUAUUAAUAAAAUCUUUAAAGUUGAUUUGCCCCUUGAUAGCUAUACUGGGAGUUAAGCCAGUUUUAGUGGAAGGUGGGAAGAGAAUGUAUCUUUUACGAAUACUCUUGGCAGCUGCCAAGAAGAACAUUACAAUUAAACAGCUCCAGAAAGGACUGCUGACAUUUGAGGAAUGGAUGUGGACAGUGAGGGAGAUUUAUGUGAUGGAAAAGAUAACACAUAGUUUAAGACUUCAAAUGAAUCAGUUUAUGGAGAAAUGGACACCCUUAAUGGAGGGAUUGGGUGAAGACUGGGUGAGGAGUGGAUGAGGACCGGCUGAGGACAGGGUGAGGACAGGGUGAGGACUAGGGGUAAUGGCCUCUGAUAUACAAGUCGUAUUUUCUGUACUUUAUCUGGCUUUAAAUAGACAGGCUGUUUAUUACUCAAAUAUUCCUUUUUGUAUCACUUUGUCUGCUUUUGUGUCUUAAGAUCCCAUCCAAUGUUGUUGUUCUUUAUAUAUUGUUCUCUUUUUUUAUUUUGUUCUUUUCUGUUGAAUAAAAUAAUACAACUCUUGUGAACAUAUGCACUAUAUGGCCAAAAGUUUGUAGACACCUGAACAUCACAUUCAUAUUUGCUUUUUGAACAUCCCAUUUCAGAUUCAGUCCCCCUUUGCUGUUGUAAUAACCUCCACUCUCCUAGGAAGGCUUUCCACUAGAUUUUAGAGCAUGACUGUGGGGAUUUAUGUCCAUUCAGCCACAAGAGCAUUAGUGAGCUCAGGCACUGAUGUCAGACGAGAAGGCUUGGGGCACAGUCAGCAUUCCAGUUCAUUCCAAAGGUGUUCAGUGGGGUUAUGCAGGCCACUCGAGUUCCUCCACACCAACCUUGGCAAACCAUGUCAUUAUAAACCUCACUUUGUGCACAGGGGCACUGUCAUGCUGGAACAGGUUUGUACCUCUUAGUUCGAGUGAAGGUAAAAUUGUAAUGCUACAGCAUACAGAGACAGUCUAUGCAACUGUGUGCUUCCAACUUUGUGGCAACAGUUUGGAGAAGACCCAGAUAUGAGAGUGAUGGUCAGAUGUCCACAAACCAUAUAGUGUAAAUAAAACAAAACGUUAUGAACCUUAUGUGAACAAUGUACAUGCUUUGUAAGAAAGACUUGGCUAAUAAAAAAUAAGUUGAAAAAGAAAAGAAGGUAGAUAAAUAGACGUGGCAGUGAGGAGUUUGUUGGGCUGUGGAGUGUAAAGCAGAAGAGAAGCAGUGUGUUAGGACAGUGAUGCACCUCCUCCGUUAUCCGCUGUGAGGCAAACACCACCCCGACCUGCAGCUCACAUUACAGCUGCCCGCAGGAUUUAAAGGGGCCGCGCCUGCUUUACUACUGCGCGCUAUAAAUCAUCAUCCACUUUCAUUUACAGCCGUGGUCACGGAGGUGUUUGGUCAUGGACGGUUCAGGGAUCUGAUCCGGUCAGAUUGGUCAAGGCUAGGUGAAGACGAUACCGCUCAUAUACCCGAGCAGAGAGGGAUGUUCUUCAGCACAGAAACAGAAUGACAUCAUGAGCAGACAUGCAAACGUUUUUACUCCCUGAAGAGACCGUUGGGGAACUUGUGAAGAUCAAAGGUGGUGUGUCACAUGUGAAAAUGUGUAACAGUGCAUCUAAACCACCACUAAGACAUCCUCAAAGCUUUUUGGCUCACAUAGACUGAACAGGAGCAGUACAUGAUCACUGUCAGCUUGCAGAAAUGGGAACUCGAAUACA